GCGGGAGAUGGUCUUUGGUAGCUGGAUACAAGCUGGUAUUGAACUUGAACCUCACCGCCCACUGUCCGCCUCGUAUACACACUGUAUGUGUAUUAAUAUCUCGCAGUCAGUUGUUUGACAUUCACAUUCACGACUUCACGAGGAAAUCUUACAUUUCAGACAUCGCCUAGGUAAGAUGUAUCCCAACGGAGCCAUAGUGGGUGUGGCCCUUAUUACACACGUUAUAGGAGGAUGGGCGUGUCCUACAAAUGCUGUAAACGACGUAUUGAUCUGUCUGUCAAACUUAACAAGUGGCAUUCACGAAGAAGGAAAGAAGCUUGGCGAGGACUCCCAUAUAAUUAAACAUCACUGCAGGACAGGGGAAUUCAAGUCAGCUAUUGUGUGUGUUGAGCGAAUCUUCCAUGACUGUCGCCAUCGAAAGGAUCUCCUCUUCCUGCUCAAGAAACUGGCUGACCCCGACAGCAUCAGGAAGGCGUUCGGCGAACUGUGUGCCAACCUUGACUUAUACAUCAAGUCAAGCAGCUGUAUGAUGAAGCAGGAUGAAAGAAUCACGCCGUGUUACAAGCAGAUUGAGGAGACAUUCAACGUCAGCAUCCACCAGUCUAAAACAGUCAACGAGGAAAUUCACAGCUUCUGCGGCUUUCAGAACGGGAUACGGGGAUGCAUCAUACAACCGGUGCACGUGUACUGCGGACACGCCAUAGUGGACCUCCUGAACACUUUCAUGAAAGGAGUUACCUCCCCUGUUUGCAACGAACAUGCAAGCGACGGUUUCCGCUUCAAACCUCUCGCCUCUUUGAUUGUCCUGUCAAGUUAUCUAUUACUUCUGUUUCAAACGUAGCGACUCUGUCAGAUGCUUCAGUGCCUUAUCAUUUAGCUUGGUGUAUUUGGGAAGGUCUUGUUCAAGUGACCUGAACUGACAGCGGGAGAAAUAUGCCACUUUUUCAUUUCUCUUGACCUGACAGUAGGCGAGGUGAAAUGGGGUUGAACGUCCCGUCAAACGUUAUUGAACUUAUAUAGCGACAUGCAUGUAUGCACGUGUGCGUGUAUGUCAGAGGCUGAUUGU